AUGAUUUCUACUGCAUCCUCUGCCACCAUAAAUACAAAUACCAGUGAUCGAGAUUGUAAAAUUGGUCAGCUGCAAUAUCAGCAACAACAGUUGCUCCGUCAAAGUACUCCUUACAAUUUCAGUUCUUGGGAUUGGAAUGCUGUGAAUAUCAUGAAUAAUAAUAAUAAUAAUAACAAUAAUAAUAAUAAUAAUAAUAAUAAUAAUAAUAACGUUGUUAACGGGACUCAACAACCAAUUUGCAAACCUUUGUUUCCUGAAAAUGACGUCAUGAAGAUGAUCAAUUUUAUAAAACAGGAAAAUUAUGCUCCUACAAUGAUUAAUUCAGCCAGCUUCAGUCAUGAAAAUAAUAAUAAACAAGGGUUUGUACGGGAAACUCAACCGUCAUUGGAUAAAUUAAUUGAAAUGGGCUAUCCAAAUCAGCAUUGCCCUUAUCCUUUAGAUCAUUUACAUUCACAAUUUCAAUUCAGUCAAAGUAGAUGCUCAUCAACUACAACACGAUAUAAAGAACCAACUGUUCGUAAUGAAGAAAAUCCUGUUUAUUCUGAAGCUGAUAAUAAAGCAAGCAUUCAAGAGGAUCCAUCAUCAAUGGAUAAGAACAGCAAUUGUAAAAGUGAAAAGUUCGCAUGUGAACAUUGUGAAAAGAAAUUCAAGACAAAGUCUUAUUUGAAUGAACAUGUGAAAGUUAUUCAUGAAGGUAUUUUAAUUCAAUGUGAUGAAUGUGGCGAUGGAUUCAAGUCUACGAGUUCACUUAAAAAUCAUAUAAAUUUAGUGCACAAAGGCUUGGGAUUUCAAUGUCAUUAUUGUAAUAAAGUGUUUACACAGAGACAUACCUUAAUAAUACAUGAAGAAUGUGUUCAUAAAGGUAAUUUACUAAAAUGUGAACUUUGUGGUCGGUCAUUCAAUUCACAUUGUGCAUUACGUUAUCAUUCUAAUAUUGUUCAUAAAGAUCAUAAAUUCCAAUGUCCACAUUGUCCCAAGACCUUUCGUUUGAAAAAAUACUUAGAAGGUCAUGUAAAACGAGUUCAUGCUAAUUUGGGUAAAGGAAAUACGCAAACAGUUUAA